ACCACCACAUCCGCCUGCUUCUUCUCUGCUCCAUCUGCGGCGGACCUCUCACGGCGCGCUCCUGCUGCACCGCCUCCGCGCAGCUCCCGUUUGCCCCGUCUCGCUGCUGCGGCAGAGGCUCGUGCCGCAUGGCCUCCACCUCGCGCCCGGCCGCCGGCAGCGCCGGCUCGGGCGGCGGGCCGCCGGGCCUCGUCGCCAGCUUCGUGCAGUCGCCCAAGCUCGUCAUCGCCGCCGUCGCCGUCACCUCCUCGCUCGCCACGGCCGGCGCGCUGCUGGCGACGCAGCGCCUCUCGCGCAAGGCGCGCCGCACCGACCUCGAGGACUCGGCGCGCCGCGCCACGGCGGCGCGCCUGCGCAGCGCCGAGAAGCACGGCGCCGGCCGCAGCACCGACGUGGGCGGCGCCGCAGAGGAGGCCUCCACCGACGGCGGCACGCCGCGCUACCUCACCAACCUCGCCGGCUCGCACCACGACUUUGCACCGCACCUGCGGCCGUCGCCGCUGCGGCGCAGCCAGUCGAACCAGCCGUACGACGAGAGCCUGGUGCGCGAGCAGCUCGCGCGCCACUACUCGUUCCUCGGCGACGAAGGCAUGGCGGCCCUGCGCGGCGCCUUUGUCGUCGUCGUGGGCGCCGGCGGCGUGGGCUCGGCGUGUGCCCUCUCGCUGCUGCGCGCCGGCGUGGGCGCCCUCCGCCUCAUCGACUUUGACCAGGUCAGCCUCUCGUCGCUGAACCGCCACGCCGUCGCCACGCUCGCCGACGUGGGCCGGCCCAAGGUCGUCGUCUGCUCGGAGCACUUUGCGCGCAUCGCGCCGUGGGCGCACGUGGAGGCCUGGGUCGAGCUAUUCAAGGGCGACGAGGCGCCGCGCCUGCUCGGAGCCUCGCGCCCGGUGGGCCGCUCGGCAGACGCCAAGACACGGCAGCCAACGUACGUAAUCGAUGCCAUCGACAACCUCGACACCAAGGUGGAGCUGCUGGCGUACUGCUACCGGCAGGGCAUCAAGUGCUUCAGCAGUAUGGGCGCUGGCGCCAAGUGCGAUCCCAGCAGGAUCCAGAUUGCAGAUCUCACCGACACCAGCGAAGACCCGCUCAGCCGGCAUGUGCGGAGGAAGCUGCGCAUGAUGGGCAUUCCUUCGCUCGGGCCGGAGAAGGAGAAGAAGAAGAAGGACAGCGCGGCGCCUGAGCCAGCGCAGACCUCCAUCCGCAAGAGCAUCCUGCAAGGGAGGGACGACGUCAAGCCCUUUGAGAUCCCGUCGCGCAUCACGCUGCCGAAGAACGAGCCCAAGAGCCGCGCCCCGCUCGUCGCGUCGCCAUUGCCCGGCGGCGCGGCCGCGACGUCCCCACGGCCACCGCCGUCUGCCUGGGCGAAUGACAGCUCCUCGCGCAACAGGCACAUGCGGCGAGCAUCGAGCGCCUCGAGCAUGGGCUCGGCUGCCUACCACACGCCGCUCGGCACGCCGAUGCUGGAAGGCGAGGGCAGCGACGACGGGAAGGAUGCCGACGACACCGUGCGCUUGCCUGAGGCCGCUUUGGCCGAUGAGGAGGAGGAUGGGCAGAGCCCGAUGCCGUCGCUCGCGCUGCCGCAGGCGGAGCACCGCGACAGCCUCGUCGAGAUGUCCGCCUCUCCGCUUCCUUCGCCAUCUCCUCAAAUCUCCUCGCUUGGUGCGCCGAAAGAGCGCAAUCCACUCUCUCGCGCCGCGUCAACCGCCGCGCUCGCCGCUCGGCAAGGCUCCGAGACAGAGGCGCGUCCGGUGCGCUCAAAGUCAAAGUCGAAGAGCUCGGAGAAUGCCGAGAGCGUGCGGCUCGGCAUUCCCGUCGUCUUCUCGACGGAGACGAAGAGCGACGUGCGGCUGCUGCCACUGCCGGAGGAGGAGUAUCAGCGCGGCAACGUGGAGGAGCUCGCUGUGCUCAACGACUUCCGCGUGCGCGUGCUGCCCGUGCUUGGUCCCAUUCCGGCCAUGUUCGGCCUGGCCGCGGCGACGUACGUCAUCUGCGACAUCGCCGGGCGGCCACAGGAGCCGAGCCCGAACAAGCCGGCGCGCAAGUUCUACGAGAAGAUCUGGCAGGACCUCGAGGCAGCAGAACGCCGCUUCCCGGCGCCCGGCAGCGGGCGCAUCGCGCGCGACCCCGUCGGCCCGCGCCUGAACACGCUCAGCACCAACGACUGCGCCUACGUCUUCGACGAGGUCUUCCACCAGCGCUCCAUCGUGCCGCCGUUCGACACGCCGACGCGCCCGGCGCUGCUGCGCUGGGACUCGACGAUGCCGCUGGCGCUCUCCAACGUCGCCGUCUUCUCCAAGGCGCAGGCUAAGCGCCACGAGGACGAGGUGCUGGCGCGCGGCCGCUCGCCGUUUGAGGUGUGGGGCAGCGAGGCGGGCGCCAUGUUCAAGCGGCGCAUGGCCGAGGAGCGCAGAAUGUCGCUGCUGCGGUAGAUGGUAAUGCAUUGUGCAACAGGAUGCUGAU